AUGACUUCCACCCCCUCCCACCCCGGCUACAGCUCCUACUACGAGCGCAUGACCGGCAAUUGCACCCGCCUAGUCGCCGCCCAAAUGCUCUCCAAUAUCUUCCCGCCUAUAACUUCCUCCUCUUACAUCCUCGACAAUGCCUGCGGCCCGGGCAUGGUGACCGAGCAGGUCAAGCUCCUUCACCCUGAUGCCAGAAUCAUGGCUACGGAUCUUGCUCCAGCGAUGAUUGAGCAGGUCCAACAGCGAGUUGAGAGGGAAGGGUGGGGCAAUGUGGAGACUAAUGUUCUGGACGUCCGGGAUCUGAAGAGCUUCGGGGAUGACACAUUCUCGCACAUCUUCACGAAUUUCGGGCUGCUCGUGCCGGGGGACACGGAGGCAGGGGUAAAGGUCGCGGGGGAGUGCUUUCGCGUACUGAGGCCGGAGGGUGUUGCUGUGAUAUCUACGUGGGCUGACCGCGUGUGGCCCCCCGCGUUCUGCAACACAGCAUGCGCAAUCCGUCCGCACGAGCCCCCUCAAAACAGCAUCGCCAUACAGCCUGAAUGGAUGCGCGGCUCCUGGCUCCUCGCCCAACUCGAGAACGCCGGGUUCGGUAACAACGCCGAAGUCAGGCCAUGCCUGACGUACACGAGUGCGCCAACUUUGGAUAAGCUAGUGGACAACUUGCUACUGAUCAAGGAGAUGUUCUUCAAGGGGUAUAGUGAUGAGGAGCUGGAGAGGGCGAGGCCGGUUUUUAGGGAGGAAGUGCGGAAGUUGAGGACGUUUGAGGAACGGGACGGGGAGGUGAGGAUUGGGAUGAAGGCUUGGAUUGGGAUGGGGUGGAAGAAGGGGGACGAGGGGGAGAUCGCUACGUGA